AUGAAUAAAGGAUACAUUAAAAUCGUUUUUUGUCUUUUAAGCAUGCUCAUAUGCAUGAACAAUAAUAUCCUUGCAAGUGAAGAUACCCCAGAGGUUUCUGCUCUACGGAAAUAUGCUUUGCGUAGUAAAGCUCGACGUAAUGUUGCAUUACGCAAAAAUAUUCCCCAUAAUAUUUCUCCGUGUGAACUAUAUGAACAAAACAUUCACCUAUUGUGUACCAAAUAUAACGAAACAAAAAAAGCAACAAAACUUAUGGACGAAGCUGUAGAGCUUUUACAACAGUAUGCUACGGAUACCAGCGAUUAUUAUUUAUAUAGCAUAUACGAAGAUGAUGUAUUUUUAUAUUUUAAUAAACAUGUAAAUCCAUGCGUUGGAAAACUUAAAUUAAAAAUUUCCGCCCCAGAUGCGUAUGAAGACAUAAUAAACCUGUUAUGGAAUCCUAAUGCCGUCUAUCAUUUCUGUAAAGAUUUUGCUAAUGGAAAAGUUGUCCGUGUAUAUGAUCCAAGUUUAGUAAUAAUACAACACCGUUAUAUAAAUCAUACUCGAUCAAUUCAAGGAUAUUUUUAUUCUUUAGCCAAAAAAGUUGAAAUAUCAAAAUAUAUAACUAUAAUUGUCAUGGCUUCAGCAAAUAUAAAUGAUUACAACGCUUUCGAUAAAAAUAUAUAUAAAAACACAAUCAUAGAAAGCGCAAAUUUAUUCAAAAUUGACAUUGAUUCUGAAGAUGAUAUUAGAAAUGGAAAAUUAAUAAAAAUGUUUGUUAACUUAUCCGGAUUUAUCAUUAAAAAAGAAGACACGCAUGUUGAUAUUACCCACAUCGACUCUAUUGAAUUUAAUUGUCCUAAUGUCCCUUGGUGGUAUAUUCGAAAAGCUAAAGCAAUAAAAAUGCUAGAUUUUUCCAAAUUAAAGCAACUAUUUGAUGAGAAAUAA